GGUGAAAUAUUGCAGCUGAUUUCAAUUUCCCAUUUAGCGGACACACGAGGUCACGAGUACACGACACAGUCUAAAUCGGUUGUUACGUUGCUUGAAAGUCAAAUUAUAAUUAAGUCAAGUACUUAUAAACUUCUCAUGGGUGGAAGAGGACGAGGGAGAGGAAAUGCGGUUUCCUUUAACAUUGAACAAUUGGGAUUUGGUAGAGGUGAAGCAGGUCCAGUUUCUGUUACUCAACCUCCUCCACUAUUCCCCUCUCUAGAAAACAGGCCUCUUCCAUUAAUUAAAGAUGUGGAAAAUGAGUAUAUACUGGUUACCCAAAAGGAUUUGAGCACAAGAAUGAGGAACUCACCGUUUUACUUGAAAAAAUCAGAAAACCCAUCUUAUGAAAAAGAGCUACCUGUUCUCUGGAAUCGAAUGCCUGCUGAACUUAGAGAAACUCUCCCCAAGAGGAUAGCAACUGGCAACUCAAAAGUCACUCUGAAUGCUAAAAAGAAGAAGGUUGAAGACCCUGAUAAAAUUUUUGCCAAGCUUGAAAAGAAAGAAAGAAAUGAAAGUGAAGUAGAAGAGGAUGGAGAUGGGAAAGAAGAUGAAGACGAUCAAGAUAAAUCAGAUGAUGAGAAAGUGGAAAAUGAAGAUGAUGUCAAGGAAGAUUUAGAUGAUGAAAUGGAUGACGAUACAGAUUACGCUAAUAAUUAUUUUGAAAAUGGUGAAGCUUAUUUGGAAGAUGAAGAGGGCCAAGAUGAUGGAGAAGCCCAGUUCUAGCAAUACUGUAAUAAUUUCCUAUGCAAAACUCAGGCAACUUGAAAUAAAAGUCUUCUUUUUUUUAA